UUUUUGUUGUUGUUUGAGUGCGAAGAAAUUCGAAUAGCGGGAGAUGCAUGUGAUUGAGUGAGUGAGGAUUUUUGAAGGGUUUAUUUUUGGUUUGCUUUGAUUUAAGAGAGAGAUUUUGAAAUAGAGAUUAGUGUGAUGGCUGAAGCUUUUAUGAAUUUCGUGAACACCACGUUGGACUGGGUGACUGGUGCUUUAGAUAUGCCUUCUGCAAGAGCUCAGGUGUUUGGAUUCCAAAUCGGUGGGCACUUGUUUAUCGAGGUUUUUCUCCUUGUGGUCAUCCUUUUCUUGCUUUCCCAAAAAAGUUACAAGCCUCCUAAACGACCCUUAACAAACAAGGAAAUUGACGAGUUAUGUGAUGAAUGGGUUCCUGAGCCACUUAUUCCUUCUCUUAACGAAGAGCCGUAUGCACCACCAGUGCUUGAGAGUGCUGCUGGGCCUCAUACUGUAAUUAAUGGGAAAGAAGUUGUCAAUUUUUCUUCAGCAAACUAUCUUGGGUUGAUAGGCCACAAAAAGUUACUUGAUUCAUGUUCUUCUGCUUUAGAUAAAUAUGGUGUUGGUUCUUGUGGUCCCCGAGGAUUUUAUGGAACAAUUGAUGUCCACCUUGAUUUUGAAGCAAGGAUAGCAAAGUUUUUGGGAACCCCUGAUUCAAUUCUCUACCCUUUUGGUUUUUCCACCAUGUUCAGCGCUAUUCCUGCUUUUUCCAAAAAAGGAGAUAUAAUUGUGGCUGAUGAAGGAGUUCACUGGGCAAUACAGAAUGGCCUUUAUCUUUCUAGAAGCACAGUGGUGUAUUUUAAGCAUAAUGACAUGAAAUCUUUAAGAGAAACUCUAGAGAACAUCACUUCCAAAAAUAAGCGGGUUGACAAACUGAGGCGUUAUAUUGUUGUUGAAGCCGUCUACCAGAAUUCUGGUCAAAUUGCACCCUUAGAUGAGAUCAUUAAACUGAAGGAAAAAUACAAGUUCCGUGUUUUGCUGGAUGAGAGCAACUCAUUUGGUGUGCUUGGAAAAUCUGGAAGAGGUCUCACUGAAUACUCUGGAGUACCUAUUGAGAAGUUAGAUAUUGUAACGGCUGAUAUGGGUCAUGCAUUGGCUGCAGAGGGAGGAUUCUGCACUGGAAGUACAAGAGUUAUAGAUCACCAACGAUUGAGUAGCUCUGGCUAUGUCUUUUCUGCUUCUUUGCCUCCAUAUCUUGCAAGUGCUGCAAUUACAGCUAUUGACAUUCUGGAGGAAAAUCCCGAGCUGUUAUCAAAGCUUAAGAACAACAUAUCUGUGCUAUGGAAAGAAUUGUCAAAAGUACCAGGUUUGAAAAUUACAAGUAAUAAGGAGUCACCAAUUGUUUAUUUGAGGUUAGAGAAGUCAACAGGUUCGCAGAAAGAUGACCUAUGUCUACUUGAAAAAAUUGCUCAGCGGGUUUUGGAGGAAGAUUCUGUAUUUGUGGUGGUCUCUCACAGAUCAACAUUGGACAAGUGCCGUUUACCUGUGGGAAUAAGAUUGUUUGUUUCUGCAGGGCAUUCAGAAUACGAUCUUCGGAGGGCAUCUGAAUCAUUGAAAAGGGUUUCAGAACAAGUCCUAGGUGGUCAUGAUUGAAAGCUAUAUACAUACAUCCAUACACCUAUCUUCUGCUUGUUUUGUAUGUACCAUAACUGUACCAAAAUUUCAAU